AUGAACAAAUCAAUUCUGAUUCAAAUACUCAAUUCCAAUAAUGAAAACUUAAAAGAUAUUAGUUAACAGUUAUUGAAUAUUGGUAAUUGAAAAAUAAUAAUAAAUAGGAAUUCAAAAGGUAUUCUUUGAAUUAUCCAAACCCUUUGAAAAAAUAAUAUUCCCAGAACAAAUGAUAAAACUACUGAGUGUUUUCCAUUCUAUGAUAAACGAAUAAACAUUAUCAAAAGAAGAAUUUAUAGAUAGCCAUAUAUUCAGCAUAACAAACUCAUAAGAAAGCAACACUAUUAUUGAGAGAUUAUAAACAGAUUUAAAUUUGACUGUCUCAAAGAGCGUAAAUUUAGCUCCUACUUGGGAUUAUACACCAAAUUCUUAUAAGGAAGAAAACUACUUAAAUGUUAGUCCAGAAUAAAGAAAGAGUUUUACAGACAAAAAAAUUGAAUUUCAGCAAUUGAGAGAUCCUUUAACUUAUUAAUAAAUAUUGUAACUCUAUUACACUUAUUUGAAAAAAAUUUGCAUGUAACAGCAUACUGGAGUACCAAUAAUCGAUUGUUUUGUUAUUCAGAAUAUUUAAUGUAUGGGUUUAAGAAUUUUAGAAGGGUAAAGAAAUUAAAAAAAACUUGGUUUUUGUUUUAAUUUAAUAAUUAAGGAUAUGAUAUAAUAUCAAUCUUAAAUUAUAGAGUUAGUAAAUAAAUCAUUGAACAUCAUUGAAAAGGUUUAAAUCAAAGAAAUCUAUUUACAGAUGUAUCUAAACAGCAAGUAAUUGAAAUAUUUUGGUAAGUAAAAUAGAGUAAGAAUUGAUUAAACUCAAUUUAAAGAGUUCAAGAAAAGUUAUAAUAAUUAGAGAUUAAAGUUUAGAUUAUGUGAAUCCAAAGAAAGGAUUGAAUAGAAUGACUUGCAAAAUGAAUAAAACUUCUAUAAUUAUGAAAGAACUCAAUUAUAUAAUUAAUUUUGA